AUGCCGCUCCGGUACUCGGCCAGCAGCCUCGUCAGGUCGGAGCUCGCCCCGUACUACGCCUUCGACUGGCUCCCGGUGUCCGGGAGCUACAUGCACGUCAUGUGCAGGUCCACCGGGAACACGGUGGCGACCGUCGAGGUGCCGCCGUUCAUGGCCAUCCACUACAUCAAUGCGUACGAGGACGACGCCGACGGUGCCGCGGUCAUCGUCGACUGCUGCGAGCACUACAGCGACCCCGCCAUCAUCCACACGCUUCUCCUCCACAGACUCAGAUCCUUGAGCAGUGACAAGGACAAGGACCCGUUGCCAAACGCCAGCAAGGAAAAUUUGUUGAAUGCAAUAGAAAAGAUUGGUUGUGAUUUCCUGAUUCUAUAUGCAUCUUCUGAAGAUAGCUACUAUCAUGCAUCAUGGAGUACUAUUAAGGGUAGCAUUUACACAGGAAGGAUGAAGACAACUGGUACACGUGAGCCAAUGCAAGUGUUUGUGUUGGUGGCGUAA